CUGAAAGCGGAAGUGAGCGCGAAGUGACUUUCGUCUUCCGUCUAUGGUUCCAUGCAAACAAACAACAUCUCAGAGUAGUUUAUACAUGAUGGAGGUCUUACGUCCGGUUCUCGUUAACAUCAACGGAAGAAUUUACAGAAAAAAUCAAGUUCAGGAGGAAAGUUAUGAAGAAGAGGAGGAUGAUUAUCCAUAUUCUGCAGCAGCAGCUGAGCAGUGUCUGGACGAGCCGUGUGACGCAUACAACAUCGAGCAGACGGACAAAGGCUUCCGCUGUGCCAUAGACGUGCCCAGUGUCCUUUAUAAGUAUAUUAUCGGUAAAAAGGGAGAGACUCGCAAACGACUGGAAUCGGAGACUAAAACUUCGAUCAGCAUCCCAAAACAAGGCGUGGAAGGGCAGAUCGUGAUCACAGGUGUGCACAGGGCUGCCGUCGCCUCAGCUGUAACCCGCAUUGAGGUUUUGAUCGACAGCUUUCGGAGGAAGCAGCCGUUCACGCACUUCCUGUCGUUUGCACUAAAUCAUGCUCAGGUGCAACAGGGCUUCGUGCGCUUUCGAGAGCAGGUUCUGGAGCGCUGUGGACAGGACGCAGGCGUGGAUGAGAGUAUUUUUCAGAACCCAGCCAAACUACACCUGACCAUCGGCACUCUGGCCCUGCUGAACGAACAGGAAGUGACGCGUGCAAACGAGCUCCUGCAGCAGUGUCAGGAUGUUAUCAGAGAUAUAACUGAAGCAAAGCCACUUCCUGUAGAGGUCAGAGGAAUUGAAUAUAUGAAUGAUGACCCGUCGAUGGUGGACGUUCUUUAUGCCAAAGUUGCUGUUCAGGAUAAAUCUGACAAGCUCCAGCAGAUCGCGGACAAGCUUGUGGAGUGUUUCGCAGCAGCCGGUCUGAUGGAACGAGAACGGGAGCGGGUAAAGAUUCAUGGCACCGUCAUGAACACGCUGUUCCGGAAAGAUCCGUCAGCGGAGGAUAAAGGAGCUUCAGGAAGGCCGAAUGCUAAAGACCGAGAGGCUUUUAAUGCCAAAAACAUCUUACAGAUGUUCGGCGACUAUUAUUUCGGCGCGUUCGAGCUGAAUUCGGUGCAGAUCUCCCAGAGAUUCUCCACUGACGGCACAGGAUAUUAUUCCUCAGCGGGAUGCGUCACGUUCUCAUGACGGGACAUUGAAACACUGCCCUGGACUUUGCUCAUAAAUGCAUUCAAUGUCUCUGUAGUGUACUGUAAAUAUUAACAUAAAUAAUAUAAAAAGCAUCUUAAUGAAACAGUUUGCAUAUUCCCUUGAAUGCAGGAUCAUGUCUACAAUAUUUCUAGGCCUUUUAGUUUUAAUUGCAAAGUGUAUUUAGUCUUUUUUAGGAAAGUGCAAACAUACAGGAAAGUCACACACUUUUACUGAUGCAUUUGUGCUGUAUGUCACUGAUGCACGUUAUAAACUGUAGUUUGUCGUCUUUAAAUGAGCUCUAUAAUGUCACAGCGUUCAGAGUAAUGUGAUUUCAUUUGUAGGUUUUGCAUCAUAUGUGAUGCUGUUGGUUAAAGAUCUCAAUGAAAGCAGCUGCUAUGAGAGUCUGUGCACUACAGUGAGUUUUAUCACAGGUAAGUGUGAUAAAAUGCUCUUUUAAAGAAUCUUUUUGGUGCUUUUUUUCUUUUUGGGUGCUGUUGGUCACUCACUGCUUUCAUUAUAUAGAGUAAAACACUGGAGAAAGAUAGUCAAGCAACUUUGGUGAGUUUCUCUAAAUUUAGCCCUUUUAAAGGUGUUAUUUUUUUCGCUUUUUUUUUUGCCUUUUUUUUUCCCUAUGAAUUCUUUCUCUCUCUCUCU